ACACUCGGGGUUGAUUAUAAACCUGCGGUCAGCUGGAAACAAGUGGUGGACCUGACAUACUCCAUGCGCCUGGGAGAGAAACCCAGACUCAUAGAGCAGGAUGAGGCCGCAGUGCAGAAGUUUAGGUCUGUGCCCCCAGGCUGGAGCUACGAGCAUGACAUGGAGCUGGGGCGCUUCCUGUACGAUCACAGCGAGAGGGAGCUGCAGCACGGGGACUGCUCCAAGGAGCACCUCAGCAGCGUCGAGGUCUCCUCGCAGGCGGAGGACUGCGGUGCGGCCCAUCUGACUGACAACCAGACAUACACCUUCUGGGAGAGCAAUGGGCCCCGGGGGCAGCACUGGGUGCGGCUCAACAUGAAGAAAGGCGCCAUUGUCAAGAACCUGUGGCUGAUGCUGGAUGGGCAGGCCAACUCCUACGUACCCAGGCGGGUGGCCGUGUAUGGUGGGGCAUCAAACAGGCUGCAGCACCUGAGAACCGUCCUUAUUAACGAGAGCAGCUACCGGGACGUCUGCAUCCUCCGUGACAUGAAGACCCACCUGCCGGUGCUGGAGAUCCGCAUCCUGGAGUGCCGGGGUGAGCCUGCGGUGGAUGCCGACGUGCUGUACCGUCGGGCUGUGCUCAUUCAGAGGUUCGUCCAGCUCCUGGACAGUGUCCUGCAUUACCUGAUCCCCCUCUCCGAGGACAGCAUCGGUACCUUCAAUGCACUCAGGAGCAUGAAGCCGUUCCUGCUGCUGUCCAAGCAGAGCACAGCCCUCAUCGCCCACUGUCUCCAGUCCUCGGAAAGCAGCCUCCCUCAGGCCCUGCCAAAGCUGUACAUCAACCGGCACCUGGCCCGGGAGCACCGUGCCAACCCUGCGCUGGACCCCGGCUGCAGGAACACCGUCUUCACCCAGCUGUACGAAGGCCUCAGAUCUUGCAAGAACAAUCAGCCCCUGGACUACAGGUGGCCCCUGAGCUACAGCCAGUGGUGGGAGUGCGAGUUCAUCACCGAGGGCAUCGUUGACAAUGGCGGUGGUUUUCGGGACAGCCUGUCGGACGUGUCGGAGGAGCUGUGUCCCAGCUCAGGCGAUGUCCCCGUGCCCCUGCCCUUCUUCGUGCGCACCUCCAACCAGGGUAACAGCAGCAGCGACACCAGGGACAUGUACGUCCCCAACCCCUCCUGCAAGGACUUCCCCAAGUACGAGUGGAUUGGGCAGCUGAUGGGAGCAGCCCUGAGGAGCAAGGAGUUUCUGAUCCUGGCUCUGCCAGCACUGGUGUGGAAGCAGCUGGCAGGGGAGGAGGUCAGCUGGAGCAAGGACUUCGCUGCCGUGGACUCGGAGCUGGUGAAGCUGCUGGAGGUGCUGGAGGGGCUGGACAGGGAAGCCUUCGAGUUCAUGUUCGGCAGAGAGCUGACCUACACGAUGGUGCGGAGCGACCAGCGCGUGGUGGAACUGAUCCCCAAUGGCAGCAGCACCGUGGUGCGCUACGAGGACCGCAAGGAGUUCAUCCGUCUGGUGCAGAGGGCUCGGCUGGAGGAGAGCAAGGAGCAGAUUGCAGCCAUGCGUGCUGGGCUGCUCCGCGUGGUGCCCCAGCCUGUGCUGGACCUGCUCCCCUGGCAGCAGCUGAAGAAGAAGGUCUGCGGGGACCCUGAGAUCACAGUGACCGAGCUGCGGAGGUUCAUGACGUUUGAGGACUUUCCCCCUGACGACACCCGUGUCCAGAACUUCUUGGAGGCGCUCAACAACUUCACCAGCGAGGAUCUCAGCCGCUUCCUCAAGUUCGUCACUGGCCGGAGCCGCCUCCCGGUUCAGAUCACUGUCUACCCAGAAAGGGCAAACUUGAACGCAUUCGACCUGAUGCCACAGGCCUCCACGUGCUCCUGCAUCUUCUUCUUGCCCAACUAUUCCUCGGCCAAGGCCUGUGAGGAGCUGCUGCGGUACGCCGUGUACAACUGCAUGUCCAUCGACACUGACAAGAACGCCUGGGAUGAAUGA